AUGAAGGCGUUCCAAUUCACAGGCAGUGCCAGCGGCCUUCAGCUCCGCAAAUUACCAAUACCCAAGCCCGGCAAAGGCCAUGCUCUGAUCAAAGUCAAGGCAGCUGGUCUUUGUCAUUCCGACACGCACGUUAUCGAAGGUGGCGGCGCUGCUUGGAUGUGCACGCUCCCCGUGGUGCUGGGCCAUGAGAUGGCUGGGACGAUUACCGAAAUCGACAGUGAUUGUGCUUCCCUGACUCUGGGCGAUCGUGUGGCCGUUGCCUGUGUAGGACAUCCUAUCGAGGAACGAAGCUUUAGUGAAGCUCUGGGCGUCGGAUGCGACGGGGGCUAUGCUGAAUAUGCUGUUGCGCCCAUCAAGAACCUGGUGAAGCUUCUGGAUGCCGUAAGCUUCGCUCAGGCAGCAGUGGCGACUGACUCCAUUGCGACGUCCUAUCAUGCUGUUGUCGCCGGAGGUCGAGUCACAGCCACGCUAAGGGCUGAGGUCUAUGGCGUUGACAUCAACCCUGCCAAAUUCGAGCCGGCGCGUGCAGCCGGCGCUCAGGCUCUGGCAACCAACAUUAAAGACUUUCCAGACAAAGCCUUUGAUGUUGUUAUUAAUUUUGCGGGCGCUCAGCAAACUGUCGAGGGUGCCAUGUCUGCUACUCGGGUGGGAGUCACGGUGGUUGUGGUCGGCUUAGCCGCGCCGCAGAUAACCUUGACAAUGUCGGAGUUCGUCACCAAAUAUAUCUCGGUCAAAGGUUCAACGAGUGCCAGCAUCGAUGAAUUGCGGAAUGUCUUGGACAUGAUAGCUGCAGGCGAUCUGAAACCACACAUUGAGGAGGUGUCGUUUGAAGACAUUCCUUUAAGGCUCGCAAGAUUAGGGUCAAGCGAACUGUCCAGAUGUUCAUAG